CGCGUCAGAGAGACCCAGAGAGAGACCCAACUGGCGAGUCGUGCACGACGCAGGAGACGCAGGUUGGGGGCGGAGUGAGAACUUCCUUCAGGAAAGAGGACCUGAACACGGCUUGAAGCAUCGGCUUUCCUUUUGCGCUCAACUAUCCAGUGGGUCAACGGGCAGUCAACUCAUAUGCAGAAGUUGAGGCCUUUGUUACACAAGUAAACAUCGUCCCUUCGUUACCUUCCCACUACCAUAAUGGCGGCCACGGCGAUCGCAGGGAAGACGGAUAUCCCUAUCCUCAAGUUUGAGGGAACAGAGCACGCAGCUCCAAAGGUGUCGGAGAACUGGCCAAGAGUGGGGUACACGGAGGAGCAGCUUUCACAACUGGAGGCAGUAAAGAAGGCCAUCCCUGAUAUCCUGAGCAAAACACCAGAGAUCAGGGCAGAGGAGGAACAGUGGUGCGACGAUGCCUGCGUACUGCGUUACCUGAGGGCAACAAAAUGGCACACCGACGCUACAGUCAAAAGAAUCGAAAAGACCCUCACUUGGCGGCGAGAAUACCAGCCCCAUAAGAUCGAUCCGGCCGAAGUAGAGCCGGAGGCCAUUCAUGGGAAGGAAUAUGUCUGCGGUUUUGAUCUCCAAGGCCGGCCAUUACUUUACCUCAUUCCGAGGAAAGAGCAUACUAAAACAUAUGAGAGGCAAUUGAAAUACGUUGUCUUCAACCUGGAGAAGGCCAUCAAAGCAAUGCCGGCCGGCGUCGAGUCGCUGAACAUCCUGAUUGACUACGAGGGCAUCUCAGUAUUCACAGCACCACCAGCAUCCCAGGCAAAGAAGGUGCUGCAGAUCCUGGGUGAACAUUACCCCGAGCGAUUGGGCAUGGGAUUCUUGUUUAAUCCAUCGUGGUACCUAUGGGUAUUCUUCAAGGUCGUCGGGCCUUUCAUCGACCCUGUCACUCGUUCAAAGAUCCAUUUUGUGAACCUCAAGAAGCUCGAGGUAGCGCGCCCUAAAUCCGCUUCCAAUUCCACCCGCUCCCUCAAUGGAACCCCAUCGUCCGUCACAGCAGCGGCCCCGACUGCUGAAGCACCGAAAGAGAAGGAAGCGGAGGGCAUGGGAGGAUGGACCAAUCCACACUUCUACAUCCACCCGGACAUGCUCGUCAAGGAUUACGGAGGACAUUUUGACUUUCAGUACCGCCACGAAACCUAUUGGAAGGUUUUGAACGAAACCCUUCCAUGAACUCGGAGUUUAGUGACUCAAUAGAGGAACAGUAGACGUAAAACACUUGUACAUAAUCGAUCAGAUGGGAUGGCUUCCACUGUAAUGUAGCGUACUCGCCAUAAAUUCGAUAUUUUUGAACUCAUUU